CUGCUGCCUUUUGCUCCCACGAGUGCUUGCACCAUGACGGAGCAGCAAAGCCCCCCCGAGCAGAUGGCGACCGGGGAGGGCACUGGCGAGCGAGGCGGCAACUACAAGAUCACGCUCUACGAGAUGGAGAACUUCCAGGGCAAGAAGUGCGAGCUGACGGAGGAGCUGCCCAACGUGGCCGAGCGGGCGCUCGAGAAGGUCGGCUCCGUGCAGGUGGAGUCGGGCCCCUGGGUGGCCUUCGAGCGCCAGGCCUUCGCCGGGGAGCAGUUUGUGCUCGAGAAGGGCGACUACCCGCGCUGGGACUCGUGGUCCAGCAGCCGCGGCAGCGACAGCCUCAUGUCCCUGCGCCCGCUGCAGAUCGACGGCCCCGACCACAAGAUCCACCUCUUUGAGAACGCGGGCUACGCCGGGCGCAAGAUGGAGAUCGUGGACGACGACGUGCCCAGCCUGUGGGCCCACGGCUUCCAGGACCGCGUGGCCAGUGCCAAGGCCCUCAACGGAACGUGGGUGGGCUACGAGUACCCCGGCUACCGGGGCCGCCAGUACGUCUUCGAGAAGGGCGAGUACCGGCACUGGAACGAGUGGGACGCCAACCAGCCGCUGAUCCAGUCGGUGCGCCGCGUCCGUGACCAGCAGUGGCACCAGCGGGGCGCCUUCGAGAACAGCUGA